UUAAAGAUAGGAAAUGAGAAUAACAUGCUUUCUUCUUUACAUCAUUUUCUUGCUAAACAUCUUUCUGAUUGGGAAAUCUAAAUUCUUCAGUUUUUGUAACAUACUUUCUGUUUUACAUCAUUUUCUUGCUAAACAUCUUUCUGAUUGGGGAAUCUAAAUUCUUCAAUUUUAUUUUUGUGUGUGUGUAUGUGUGUGUGUGUGUGUGUGUGUGUGUGAGAGAGAGAGAGAGAGAGAGAGAGAGAGAAAAUAUCUCAUGUUUGAAAGAGAGGAAAGGAGGAUAACAUACUUUAUUCUUUACGUCAUUUUCUUGCUAAACAUCUUUCUGAUUGGGAAAUCUAAAUUCUUCAGUUUUUGUGGCCCGUUCUCUCAUUAUUCCUUCACAAACUGUGAUUGAUCCAAAGGAAGUGAAGAAUUGCGCUUUCUUUGUCACAGCAUUGUGUUCCGCCCUUUUGUUAUUUUUUGGUACAAAUAUUGGUCUUAUAGUUUAGGUUUACUACCUCGAGACAAUUAGGUAUUUUCAACAUGGGCAAAGCAUCAAGGGAUAAGAGGGAUAUCUACUACCGAAAAGCAAAAGAAGAGGGUUGGCGUGCUCGAAGUGCCUUCAAGCUCCUUCAAAUUGAUGAAGAAUUCAAUAUAUUUGAAGGAGUGAAGCAUGUGGUGGAUCUAUGUGCAGCGCCUGGUAGCUGGAGUCAGGUAACUGUCAUUUCGAGUUUUACUGUGGAAGGAACUUUUGACCCCCUUUUUUUUUUCUUUUUUUUUUAAAUGAUGUGUCCAAUG